AUGGCAAAGUCAAAGAAUCAUACUAAUGAGAACCAAAACAGAAAAGCACAUCGUAAUGGAAUCAAAAAGCCUAAAGAUUGGCAAAAGUUACCUAUUAGAGGAAUGCCUAAGGAUGCACGUUUAGCCCUUCAUGAGGAGCAAAAGGCUCUUCAUCCAGUUUCUAAGAAGAAGUUGAUGACCUUUGAAGAGCGAAUGGCCCAAGAGAAUGCUGAUCCGGCUGUUCACAGGAGAAGACUCAUUAAGAAGAUGGGGAUUAGGCGUAUGGCCCUACGUGGCAUUUACUUGAACUAA